AUGAACAUUCUCCAGGAGGAUAACAUCGAUAACGCACUAUCUGUGUUCCGAAGCGACAGGCAGUUCAUCGAUAACUCUAAUUCCGACAUUCCACCGCGUCCUCAGAGGCGCACCGUGACCGAAGAAACGGCAGGGCACGGUAGGCGGGAAUCGUCGAACAACCCGGCCGUGAUGGCGUACAACGCGGUGCUGAUCCUCUUCGACGUGCUCGUGUUCCUGGUGAAGUCCGUCUACAUCACGGUGAAGGGCAUCGUGGAGAUGGUGAUGCUGCCGCCGGCCCGAGACGUCAGCGGGGACAUCGUGCUGAUCACGGGUGCCGGCCACGGCAUGGGCAAAAACCUGGCACUACAGUACGCCACACUCGGCACCACCGUCGUGGCGGUGGACGUCAACGAGAAGACCAACCAGGAAACGGUGACCGCCAUCAAGGCGAAGGGUGGCAAAGCGUUCGGUUUCACCUGCGACGUGACCAACCGCCAGCAGGUGCUGGACACCUGCAAAAAGGUGAAAGAGCAGGUCGGCAUCGUCACCAUCCUGAUCAAUAAUGCCGGCAUCAUGCCGACACACUCGCUCCUGCAGCAGACGGAGAACGAAAUUCGCAAAACGUUCGACAUCAACGUGCUGGCACACUUCUGGUUCAUUCAGGCGCUGCUCCCGGACAUGCUGAAACAGAACCGCGGUCACAUCGUCGUACUGUCGUCGAUUGCCGGUAUGAUCGGCUUCAAGUACCUGGUGCCGUACUGCGGUACCAAGUUUGCCGUGCGUGGCAUCAUGGAGGCGCUGUCGGAGGAGCUGCGGGCGGACCCGGCAAAGCCGAACAUCAAGUUUACCACUAUCUACCCGUACAUGGUCGAUACGGGCCUGUGCAAGCGGCCGUACACGCGCUUCCCGAACCUGCUCAAGAUGGUCAAGCCGGACGAUGCUGCCGCCGCCAUCAUCGAUGCGCAGCGGCGCGGUCUCACCGAGGCCUCGAUUCCGAAGUAUCUGCUCUACCUGAACACCUGGUUCCGCAAUCUGCCGCUGCGCGUCGGUCAGGAGUUUGGCGACCUGCUCGACACUGGCCUGCAGUCGGAUCUGUAGAUUUCGCCGAAACGACGAAGCAAGCAGCCAUUCGUUUUCGAUACAUUUACCUUACUUUUUCGUUAUGUCUACCUUUUGUUGAACCAAUAAAAGCGUGGUAGAUGGGGCUACUUAAGCUA